GCUCACCGCGGCGACAUGUCUCCCCUGUGGAUAGUGCUCACCCUACUCCCCGUUCUCGGUGGAGCGGAAAGAUUCAAUUGCCGGGGACGUAUCCUAGGCGCGUACUACGCGGACGCGAAGUCUGGCUGCAAGGCGUUCCACGUGUGCGUGCGUGUUGCGGGCGGCGGCGUCCGCGAUUUCCGCUUCUUCUGUCCGCCCGGCACUUUGUUCCACCAGGAAGCACAGACAUGCACCGACUGGGGUGACGACGACCCACUCGCCUGCCCCGACAUCUACGACGGUCAGUUCGAUCUCUACAAGAUCGGAUCCGGUUUUGACACUAAGAAACUAUCUCAAGGCAAUCGCGAAGAUGAGUCCGAGUUCGGUCUGCAACGCGCGGAGACCGGCGACCGACGCCUAGCGCAGCACUCCGCCCCCGCAGCCCCUGCUGCCAACAAUGACCUCCGCGCCGCUCACUCCUCGGACUUCUUCAGCGGCCAGCGAGACCGAGGUCGUGACGACCUCGUACAAUCCGCCCCACAAGCGCAGCAACCGCCGUCAGCACAGGCCCCACAGUCGCGGCAGUCAUUCCGACGGCCUACAACACCGCGCCCGACUCCCCCAUCCACAUCUUACACCACAUAUCACCCUUCGCCCUCCUCCUCAACUGUGCCCGCAUCACAAAAGGGUAAUCAGUACGAGCAAGCGCUCAAACGUAAAGUAGCAAGAAAACGCCCCAUUUACACGACCACACAGUCACCUGUGACGUUCCCUCCGAAUACUUUCGCUCCUCAAGUUUAUUCCGAACAACCGAAAAAUUACAAUCGAAGAAUCCCUUCGCAAAAUACGCAAAGUAUCGCUUCGACUCCGAAUAUUCCACCUCAAUACAAAGAGGAAUAUGUUGAGGUUAGCAGAGUGACGCCGAAACCUAAUAGGUACUUCCCUAACAGUCCGACACCGACGCCUUUUAUUCUGCCGACGACAGAACAAUCGAAAAAGACUGGUUUCGGUGAAGUGUACAAGUAUGAUACACAAUCGACGCCCGCUUUCAAACAGAACGAGAAUCGCCCAUUCAAAGUAAGAAAUAGUUUUAGCGUAGUGCCUGACGUGCCCAAAGAAAACGAUUUCCUAAGAAACCAGCCUUUCAACGGCAACGCUGAAAGAGGUACUCCUAAUACUAUAGACUACAGCACUACCACGCGUAAUUAUAUAACUACUACGUCCUCUUACAAAAAUAUCAAUAGUAUCGCAUACGAACCAGAGAAAAACAAUUAUAACCAAUUCUCAAGCUCGAAACAAAAUUAUUACAAUAAUCCAACAACCACAUCUUCUCCUACCACUACUAUAUACUACACUACAACAACGACCGCAAGAUAUGAACCUUCACAAAGUCUAAAUACCAUAGCAUAUAAUACUAACAACGCCUUCAAUGCACAAACUUCUAACUUCGCGGACAGCAACGAAGACGACGGCCAAUAUCGACCACCCGAGGGAGAGGACGACGGACAGUAUAGGCCCGAGUUGUACGAGAAAGAGCUUCUAUCUGGUGCUCACUCGAUUAACAUAGCUGCUAGCGGUAACAGACUCUUCGAAGACCAGAAGGAGCAAAGUAAAAAUCAGAUUUCUCGAAAGCCUGUCGCAAAAACUUCACCGCCGAGACCUUUCAGACCAGCUCCGACUCCCGCUGCGCCUACAAUCACGUCGCGUACUGCUGAAGUAACUUAUCCAACAACAAACAGACCCAUCUCGGACAACACACAGCGGACGUUCGACUACUAUCAAACAUAUACUACAACAUCUAGACCUUUCGAAGCAUCAGGACAUACUAACAACGGGGAGAACGUUCCCGUAAGAAUAACAAGUGCAUCACCCUCGAGGACAUAUGAAAAUACAAGAAACCAAAAUAGACAAACAGAUCCUGUAUCCAUUCCAUCUACCCCCGUUCCAAAACCUAAUCAUCAUCCGCAUCAUCACUCGAAGGCUAUCAAUAAAGAAGACAACAGCUACGAUUACGCAUACUACGACUCGGACCCUGGCUUUUCAGAAUACGACCACAUAGAAGAAUUUGGUAGAACUAAUACUAAAGCGUAAGUUACAAAUUGCCAUUAAUAUAGUUGCCUUAAUAAAUUCGUUUCUAAGUUAUGAUUUCGAAGCAUCGAUUUGAGCAACAUUAUUUAAGUUAAUAACGUUUUUAGUUGUUUUGUUAGAAUUAAUACUCAAAACACAUUCAAGAUUUUAUCGUAAGAAUUAAGCAAAAUCCUAACAUUAAUAUAAUCACUGCCAGUGCACAAUUUAUGUGGAAUCGUGUAAGUAGUCACAAAUAUAGUUGUAAGACGAAAUAACACAAAGUACAAUUAAUUUGUAAAUACGCCUACAGUUUUAUUUAAAUUAAAUUAUGUUUCAUUCAGACUGAAAAAUUGCCAGUUCUAUAUUAAAAUAUCUAUUGAGGCUUGCUCGUAUUAAAGUUACCCUAAAUUAUUUUUGUGAUAUGUCUUUUCCAAUUAGUAUAAGUUGUACUAUGUAAUAAUUGCAAGCCUUACAAUGGCAGUUGUGAAAUUAUUCAAUCCAAGUAUUUGUUAGCCACACACGAGAAGUAAGUUGUAACGACUUAUUGUAAAAUAAAUAAUUGUAAAUAAAAUUUUUAUAAAGACAAUGAUGGUUUUGUAAUAUUUACUUCAAGGCGUGCGAA